AUGGAUUUCAAUCCAUUCCAAGACUCUGCAAAAUUUGUUGAACUACUAAAUAGUCAACAAAAGGUAGUCUUUGGCAGUCAAGGCAGUGCUUCUCGGUCAUCAUCGCAAGUUCCUUUCUUCAGUCAAGGUACAGAGGAAGGUCGUGAUCUUCCAGCAGAGCGUAAGGAACGAAGAGCGUGGACUCCAACAGAUGAUAUAGUGCUUAUUAGCUCGUGGUUGAACACGAGCAAGGAUCCAGUUGUUGGGAAUGAGCAGAAGUCAGUCGCUUUCUGGACAAGAGUUGCAACAUACUUUUCAGCUUCUCCUAAGCUUGCUGGCAGUGAAAAAAGAGAGGGUCCUCAAUGCAAGCAACGCUGGCACAAGCUGAAUGAAGCAGUUUGCAAGUUUUGUGGGGCGUAUGAAGCAGCCACAAGAGAGAAAAGCAGUGGUAUGAACGAGAAUGACAUUGUAAAAUUAGCUCACGAAAUAUUUUUUAACAACUAUAAAAAGAAGUUCACUCUAGAACACGCGUGGAAGGAGCUCCGCCAUGACCAGAAGUGGUGUGAGGUCGCUGCAGCUAAAAAUGAAAGCACCUCCAAAAGAAGGAAGUUCGAGGAUGGAAGUCAUUCAGCCAGCUCUCAAGUCCCUGAAAACCCUGCUGCUGUGGAUGGAACAUCUCGUCCCCCGGGUGUUAAGGCUUCAAAAGCUCGUGGGAAGAACCCACAGGCUGAGGAGAAACGGCUGUCUGACUUCCAGAGUAUGUGGAGCAUCAAGCAGAAUGACUUGGCAAUGAAGGAAAGACUCUCCAAGCUGAGGAUACUUGAGAAUCUUCUUGCAAAAGACCCACCACUAGCUGAUUAUGAAGAAGUGAUUAUGAAAAAGCUGAUAAAUGAGUUGAUGAGUACUACUUGUCAUGUCAAGGUCAAGAAGAUCGAACUUGAACUUGUGAAGGAGUACUUCUUUUGGGAGCAUUUGUCGUUGGUUCUCACGGACAUAAAGACAUUCGUCUUAAGAACGAAGAAAAAAAGAAAAAAACGGGCUUAUAUCGAAAGACAUCGUGAAGAAGGCCAUAUUCGUUUAUGGAAUGAUUAUUUCAGUGAAACUCCAACGUAUCCUGAAAUUUUUUUCCGGCGACGUUUUCGAAUGAACAAGCCAUUGUUCCUACACAUUGUUGAUCGACUCUCCAACGAAGUUCAAUAUUUCCGGAAAAAGAAAGAUGGGCUUGGAAGGAUUAGUCUCUCUCCCCUUCAAAAGUGUACCGCAGCCAUUCGUGUCUUGGCGUAUGGUUCUGCAACUGAUACGGUCGAUGAAUACCUCCGGCUCGGUGAAACAACCACUCGGUUAUGCGUGGAAAAUUUUGUGAACGGAAUAAUAUUGUUGUUCGGCGAUGAGUACUUAAGAAGACCAACACCGGCUGAUCUUCAACGUCUACUUGAUGUUGGAGAGCAUCGUGGAUUUCCCGGGAUGGUAGGAAGCAUCGAUUGUAUGCAUUGGGAGUGGAAGAAUUGUCCCACUGCUUGGAAAGGGCAAUAUUCUCGUGGUUCGGGUAAACCAACAAUCGUGUUAGAGGCCGUUGCUUCAUACGAUCUCUGGAUAUGGCAUGCAUUUUUUGGACCUCCAGGUACAUUAAAUGAUAUCAAUGUUCUUGAUCGCUCACCUGUUUUUGAUGACAUAAUAAAAGGUCAAGCUCCAAAUGUCACUUUUUCCGUCAACGGAAGAGAGUAUCAUAUGGCUUACUAUCUUACCGAUGGUAUUUACCCGAAAUGGGCAACUUUUAUCCAAUCUAUUCCACUACCACAAGGGCCGAAAGCAGUUUUAUUUGCUCAACGUCAAGAAGCUGUCCGAAAAGAUGUCGAGCGUGCUUUUGGAGUCUUGCAAGCUCGCUUUGCCAUUGUUAAAAAUCCAGCUCUGUUUUGGGAUAAAGUCAAAAUUGGGAAGAUUAUGAGAGCAUGUAUCAUACUCCAUAAUAUGAUAGUAGAAGACGAACGAGAUGGAUAUACUCGAUAUGAUCUUUCAGAGUUCCAACAAGGAGAAGACACCGGAACUCCACAUGUGGAUCUCACGUAUUCUACGGAUAUCCCUUCCAAUGUCGCCAAUAUGAUGGGUGUUCGGACUAGAAUUCGUGAUAGGCAAAUGCAUCAACAACUCAAAGAUGAUUUGGUUGAACAUGUAUGGCUUAAAUUUGGACGUGAUGAAGACAACAACUGAUCUCGAAUGUAUCUUUCAAUUUGUUAUCGUUUUUUUACUUAUCUUUGUUUUGAAGUUUAAUAUUAAAAUCUAUGUUAAAAAUAUUUUCUUUUUUAAUGUUGUACUUUAAUAAAUAAAAUCUUUUCUUAAAAAAAAGGGAAAAAAAAUCUGUUUUUU